GGAAGAGCUGCAGAGAUGGAGCCCAGAGGAGGAAGAGGAGGAAGAGGAGGAGGAGGAAGAGGAGGAGGAGGAAGAGCCCUUUGCUGCCUUUGGGCGACCCUCCUCCUCGCCCCACCAGGGACCGGAGCCCUGAAAGUGGAGGACACCCUGGUGGAGCUGGACUUCUUCCAGGAGAGCUUCCCUUCGGAGAAGAAGUCCGGGGAGUUCCUGCUGGAGUUUGACAACGAGGAGAUCCUGCACGUGGACUGGGAGAAGAAGCAGAACGUCUGGAGGCUGCCGGACUUCCAGCGCUUCACCAGCUUCGAGGUGCAGGGCGCCCUGGCCAACAUCGCCGUCAUGAAGAACAACAUGGAGGUGCUCAUGAAGAGAAGCAACCGCACCCGAGCCCUGAACGUUGCUCCUUCGGCCACCGUGUACCCGGAAAACGCCGUGGAACUGGGGGACCCCAACGUCCUCAUCUGCUUCGUGGACAGGUUCUCCCCCCCAGUGCUGAACGUCACCUGGCUGAAGAACCAGGAGGUGGUCUCCGAGGGCGUGGAGGAGACAGACUUCUACCCCAGCGUGGACAACACUUUCCGCAAGUUCUCCUACCUCCCCUUCGUCCCUCAGCAGGGAGACAUCUACGUCUGCCAAGUGGAACACUGGGGCAUCCCAGAGGGGAAGAUGGAGAAGAUCUGGGUUUCCAAGGCGCCCUCUCCCAUCCCGGAGACGAUGGAGAACGUGCUGUGUGCCCUGGGCUUGGCCUUUGGCAUCCUGGGCAUCAUCGCGGGCACCAUCCUUUUCUUCAAGGCCAUGAGGAUGAACGAUCGCAGGGGCUUCAUAUAAUGGGGGAUUCCUUUCCUGACAGCCUCUUCCUCUCAGCUCAGCUCCUUUGCCAAGAGUCUCUUCUGCUAUGAAUCAGCUGGAAAGAGUUUCUACCUCCGUGUGCAGCUUAUCCUUAGAAGCUUUUCGGAUAAUAUGUUUAAUUUUGAGAACAAUUACGAAAGCCAAAGACUUCCAUUACUUUUCUCCCUUUUAUGUUUCCCUCUUAACAAAGAAAUUGCUCUCAGACUGUUUAAGUAA